AUGCGCCAGUCGAGCAUAGGCAUUCGCCGGAUGCCUUCAGCAGGCGAAGUGCAACAUGCCUACGCCGCCAAGAAUGCGUCCACAAACGCUCUGCAACAAUCGACGACGCGGCUGCCUGCGCUCGAGGAAGACGUUCAGCUAGAGCCCAUCAACACAGGCUCCACGACCUCCACCGAGUCCGACGGCCCGCGGAAUGAGCCCAACAUGCUCUCGCGGGCUACCAGCGCCGUCUCCGCCAAAUUGGCCUUCUUCAAGAGCAAGAAAGGCAAGGAAAAGGAGCUUGACAGUGCACAAGACUACCCGCCGGCCGCACCUGGGGACCGGCCAUGGACCAACUACUCGUCCAACAUGGUCGACGUCUUGGACACACUCGGUAUGCUUGACCGCAAUCUGGCCAAAGCCUACCCCGAAGUACAGACUCUCACAUCCCUGACCAAUAUUCAGAACUCGCUUUUUGUUCCCAAUCUAGGCAGAUUUGUGAACCGUAGACCAACCUACGUUAUGCAGCGCGCACCAAGUGAAAGGGAGAGCCUCGAAGAUAUCAACCGCAUCCUGGCGCCUGUACAGGAGUCACAGCAAGUAUCGGAGGCUCCCGGCUUGAAGCGCACCCAGACUGAAGGUACAAUGGCUACAUUGGCCACCAUUGACUCGCGCAUGAGUGAUUCCCGCUAUGCUGUACUUCCUCACGGCACAACGCUCGACGGCUGGACAAAGGAGGACAAAAAGGAGUUGAAUGACCACGUGAGACACAUGCUUCACUCGCGAAGAUCGAGGUUCAAGCGUUCCAUGAGGGGCUUCGGGCAAUAUGUUAGACGACCACUUGGCUUCCUGGUCACUUUGUACGCCACAUUGAUCACCCUAUUUGGUCUCGCGUGGGUCCUCUUCCUGAUCGGCUGGAUCAACGUCGGUGGCCGGCAGAUCUACGUCGUCCACAUCAUCGACAGCGUUUUGGUCGCCCUAUUUGCCGUUGUCGGUGAUGGUCUCGCUCCUUUCCGCGCCAUUGAUACGUACCACAUGAUCUAUAUCGCGCACUACCACCACUAUACUUGGUCUCGUCGAAAGAAGGAUAUGCUUCCCAGCCUUCGUGACCACAAUGAUCUACCUGCCAACAACGCUCCCAUGGCUAGUCGCAAUGGCACCGACCCCGAGGAUCCCGAAAAGCAGUGGGAGUUCACGGUGCUUACGCCUAAGCAGCAAGCCAAGCUAGAACACCAUCAAACCAAGUUCUGCAAGUCUCACUCCUUUUACAAGCCUCACGAGACAGACACGCACCACGCUUUCCCAUUACGUUUGCUGGUAGCUAUUGUCGUGCUUUUGGAUUGCCAUUCAUUGCUGCAGAUCUCUCUUGGUGCCGUCACUUGGGGUUGGUAUUACAAGAUCAGGCCGUUCGCCGUUACUACGGUGAUUCUCUGCUGCUCCAUCACCUGCAACGCUGCAGCCGGUCUUCUCAUCACAAUCGGAGAUCAUCGGACUAGGAAGAAGGACGUCUUGGAACGCAUGAACAGGCAAGAGCUGACGGAAGAGGCAAUGCACCACAUAGAAAAGAAGAGAGAUAAAGAGAGCGAGAGCGAGAGGGAAGAUAUUGAGGAGAGCAGCAAGAAGGGACGAACGAGCUUACAUCUUCAUCGGCAUCGGCAAUCGGAGGAAAAUGGCACGAACAGGCAGCCUAGCAAGGAAGAGCCGGCACAAAGUGCGUACCCGUGA